AUGCAAUUACAAAAAUCCGUUAACGAAGUAGAUGCGGACGAUACUGAUGAUGAGAACCAACCAGUAUUUUAUAUAAAUAAUGUAGAUGAGUUUAAUCCUGAAAAAAUGUGGUUAGAGGUGAGGUUAAAUAAUGAAUUCAUGAAAAUGGAGCUUGAUAGCGGUUCAGCUGUUUCAAUUAUUAGUUAUGUAGAUUAUAAGAAACAUCUAAAUAAUGUUAAAUUAAUACCUACUCCAAUUAGGUUGAAAUCUUACACUGAUAAUGAUUUAAAUGUUUUAGGGAAGCUACAGGUGACGGUGACUCUCGAGGAGGAAUCAAAUGAACUUCCUUUGUAUGUCAUAUCAGGAAAUAAAACACCAUUAUUUGGUAGAGAAUGGAUAAGGGGAUUUUCAGCAGAUACGCUAAGUAAAAUGUUUCAUACGGUAAAUGCUGUUCAAGUUUCAAAUACUGCCCAAUCCGUUACUGGCACUGAAUCAGUUCUUAAAAAAUUAUUAGGUAAAUAUUCUGUCUUAUUUGAUAAGCAAAUAGGAGAAAUGAAAGGUGAACCUGUUUCAAUAAAUUUAAAAGCCAAUGCAAAUAUACCUUUCUUUAGAGCUAGACCCGUUCCAUUUGCAAUAAAAAAAUUAGUUGAGGACGAAAUUGACAAUUUGGUUAGGGAAGGUGUAUUAGAAAAAAUAGAUUACAGUGAUUAUGCAACACCUAUUGUACCGGUAGUAAAAUCUGGAAAUAAAAUACGUUUAUGUGCAGACUUUAAGGUAACUUUAAAUCCAAAUUUAGUGGUGGAUGAACAUCCUUUGCCUACCACUGAUGAAUUGUUUCAAGAUUUAGCUGGAGGGGAAAAAUUCACUAAAAUUGACUUAACUAAAGCAUACCUACAAAUGAGAGUUCGUGAUGAGGACCAGAAAUUUCUUACACUAAAUACACAUAAGGGUCUUUAUAAAUGCACACGAUUAAUGUACGGCUUAAGUUGCGCCCCUGCUAAAUUUCAAAGAAAAAUUGAAAAUAUUUUGUCAGGAAUACCCGGCAUUGCUGUGUUCAUAGAUGAUUGUAGACUAACUGCUCCAAACGAUAAAAUUCAUCUUGAACGAUUAGAAGAGGUAUUUAAAAGAUUAUUAAAUUACAAUAUCAAAGUAAAUUUAAGUAAAUCAGAGUUCCUAAAAAAUGAAAUUGAAUAUUGUGGUUACCGAAUUGAUAAGUUUGGUAUUCAUAAAACUAAAAGUAAAGUAGAUAUGGUAGUCAAUGCUUUACAACCAAAAAAUAUCCAAGAACUUCAAUCAUUACUAGGACUUAUAAACUACUAUGGUAGAUUUUUUGAAAAUUUAAGCGAGAUAUUAGAGCCAAUGAGAUUGUUAUUGCGUGAAGGUGUAAAAUGGAAUUGGACAAAGGCUUGUGAGAAUGCUUUAAACAAAAUAAAAGAAAUGAUGAAAUCGGAUAAUUUUUUAGUACAUUUUAACAACAAUUUACAAAUUAUCCUAGCCACUGAUGCAUCGCCUGUAGGCGUAGGUGCUGUGUUAUCGCAUAUCAUGCCAGAUGGCUCGGAAAAACCGAUUCAAUUUGCUUCCCAAUCCUUAACUAGUUCACAACGUAAUUGGUCUCAAAUUGAUAAAGAGGCAUAUGCGAUCAUUUUUGGAGUGAAACGUUUUCACCAAUUUUUAUUUGGUCGGAAAUUUGUCUUGUAUACAGACCAUGCACCAUUAGCUCAAAUAUUUUCUCCACAAAAAGGCUUACCGAUAAUGUCUGCGAGUAGAAUGCAACACUAUGCUAUUUUUCUACAAAGUUUCAAUUUUGAAAUAAGAUUACCUGUAGAAUCCAAAAUUGAAAAUACUGUAGAAGAAUCUGACAUUUAUGAAAUUUCCCAAAUACACACAUUACCUGUAACAGUAGAUGAGUUAAGCAAACAAACAAAAUUAGACACAGAACUAGGACUUCUAUUGACCAUGCUAAAAGAAAAUAAUAAUGUUCCACAUUUAGUUAGAUUUGGAAUUAAUCAAUCAGAAUUUACAAUUCAAAAUGAUUGUAUUUUAAGAGGGAAUAGAGUCGUGAUACCUUCUAUAUUACGAAAGCGAAUUUUAAAAGACUUACAUUGCGCUCAUUUUGGAAUAGCACGAAUGUUAUCAUUAGCACGCAGUGUAUGUUGGUGGCCCGGAAUAGACGAGGACAUUAAAGCAGUAGUACAAAAUUGUUUAACCUGUGCGGAAAACAAAAAUAAUCCUCCUGAAAUUAAACAUCAUUGGGUUUAUCCUUCUUCACCAUUUGAUAGAGUUCAUGUAGAUUUUGCUGGACCAUUUUUAAAUGUAUAUUUUCUCAUCUUAAUUGAUGCAUAUUCAAAAUGGCCAGAGGUUCACAUUUUACACAAAAUUAAUACUGAUAAUACAAUUGAGAUAUUGCGUAGAAUUUUCUCUAUUUUCGGAAUUCCAAAUUGCUUAUGUACCGAUAAUGGAGUACAGUUUGUAAAUCCAAAGUUCGAAUUAUUUCUAAAAAGUCAAAAUAUAGUUCACAAACGAUCAGCCCCAUACCACCCUGCGACAAACGGACAAGUGGAAAGAACUACUCUUUCUUUAAUGUUACCAAAACCAGUAGAAAGAUCAUUCGAAGUAGGAGAUAGAAUUGCAGCGAGAAACUACUUAGGUCCACUCAAGUGGAAGUUUGGUAGAGUUACUAAAAAACUAGGGUUAUUACAUUAUGAAAUAACGUUAGAUGACGGAUUAGUCUGGAGGAGACAUAUUAAUCAGUUAUCAAAUUGUGGUGAAAAUCUUGAAAGGCAAUUACCAUGUGACUAUAGGAAUCAUGAAAUAAUAAAUCCACCCGAGAGUAAACCGGAUCCUAUAGUUAACCCAGAGGUAAGACAAGAAGAAAUACAUCCUGCUGAGACAUCAGAUAAUGCUGUAAUAUCAGAGCCUUCUGUUUCAGUUGUACCUAACUUACGACGUAGUAAACGUACACCUAAACCUAUUGAUAAGUUGAAUUUGUAA